CUCACCAUGGAUAUCUCAGGGUUUCCAAUGCCUGAUGUCAAUGCCAUAGUUGAGAGUCAGGAAAUCUCUGACCUUGGCAGACUAUUACAGUUGGUUCUUGGCUGUGCUGUUAACUGUGAAGACAAGCAAGAAUAUAUUCAAGUUAUUAUGUCUAUGGAAGAGUCUGUACAGCAUGUGGUCAUGAUGGCAAUACAAGAGCUGAUGACAGGAAAAGAAAGUGGUUUGCCUGGGACAGACAGUGAAAUGUUUAAAGAACUAGAGAUACAGCAUAAGAGAACACUUGAACAGCUUAGUAGUAUGGCAGCUGAAAAAGAGGAACUAUCACAGAGAUGUCAUGAACUGGAUGAACAGUUGUCCUUCAUCAAAGAGCAUGAGGGUAGCUUACAGAUGGAAAAUGAGCGACUUAGAGAGAAGCUGAGUCGGCAAGACACAAGUGGCGACAGAGAUGAUGACAUCAGUUUUUCUACUCAAAGAAUGCAUCAGCUUCAGCAACAAGUGGAACAACUCAAGGAAGAGAAUUUCACCAUGGAAACUUCACGUGAUGAAUUCAAAAUAAAAUAUGAACAGUUGGAACGGGAUGUUCUGAUGUUGAAUGAAAGGAAUGAGCAAUUGCAGAGCUUAGCUGAAGAAUCUCAGAUGCUGAAAGAUGAAAUGGAUGUCUUACGGCAUUCCCAGGAGAAAGUGAUUAAGUAUGAGUCAACAAUAGAACUUUACAAGAAGAAACUAGAGGAGUUGUCAGACAUGAGGAAACAGAUGAAGGCUUUAGAGGAGAAAAAUGUAACAUAUAUGAAAGAAACCAUGAACUUACAAGAGGAUCUUAGAAAAGCCAAUGCAUUAAAAUCUCAAGUUGACACAUACAAGAAACAGGUACAUCAGUUGCAAGUGCAGGUGUCGGAGUUGCAAAGGAGAGCAGACAAGGCAGAGUUUGAGGCAAAAAAGGCAAAAGAGAAGGUUACAAACCUUGAUGGAGAAAAUGAACGUUUAAGACAGGAGAGAAUGAAAUUAAAAGAAGAAAACGAGGAGCUUCAACUUGCUCAAGUAGCAGGUUCUCCAAUGCGUCAUGUAUCUGCUGGGACCCCUUCAAGUGAUGAUUUUGAUCUGGAUGGAUCCAUGUCCCCAGAAGUGAAGGAACGUGUUCUUCGUCUGGAACAUGAAAAUAAGAAGCUUAAAGAGCAGAUGCAGGGCGAGCAAGAAGAACAGAACCAGCUUCUUCAAAGUCUCCUCAAUGAUGCUAAUGAAAGGAAAGAUCAGCUAGAGAAGGAGAACAGAGAAUUGAAUCAGAAGCUUAUGGAGGUAGAAAGCGAACUCGAUGACAUGAAGAAUCAGAAGAAUGCAGGGGAGAUGGAAAAAGAUAGUGAACUUGGCAAGAAAUACACAGAUCAUCUUGACAAACUUAAAGUUGCAAAUGACGAACUGCAGAAAAAGAAAGCAUACAUUGACAGUUUGGAACCAAAAGUGUCUAGUAGUGCGGAGAAAGUGAAUGAAUUGCAGGAACUUUUGAAUAAGAAAGAUCAAGAAAUGAAAGUAAUGGAGGAUCGAUACAAGAAAUACUUGGAGAAAGCCAAGAGUGUGAUAAAAACUCUCGAUCCAAAGCACAGUUCAGGCGCUCAACCUGAGAUUCAAUUGCUAAAAAAUCAAGUUCAAGAAAAGGACAAAAUUAUAGAGCAUUUGGAGCGAGAUCACGAGAAGAUGAAAAUCACGAGAGAAAGAGAAGAGAAACUUAUAGUCAGCGCUUGGUAUGAAAUGGGCAUGCAACUCCAUAGAAAAGCUGCGGAGGAAAGGUUGUCAGGGAACGCAGGGGGAAUGUCUUUCUUAGCUCGACAAAGACAAGCUUCUAGUCGCCGCUCAACGCCAAAUAGAACGCAACAGGCCAACGCUGUCUCAUCUAGGGAUACGUAGCAUCUGCCUGAUAAAUGGAAUUCAUCGCCGUUCCUUUCCCCCUUUAUAAUAUUUAACAAUGAGGAACUAGCGUUCAAUUAUGAAGCACACCGUAAAGGUUCGUUAUCUUAAGAACUGCGGCCAAGAGCAGAUCGAAAAGUCUGGCAAACGCAUGUUUUGCCCGAUCAGUGGCAGUGAAACCUUUAAUUGCUAAUAAGUUAUUGUCUCUGUUUUCCUUAAAUCUCCUCUGAUUAACGCUAUUUUGGAAACGAGGGGUACAAAGCGUAGACAAAAUUUUUAACCCUUUAUUUAGAUAAAUUUAUUGCUUUGAUUUGCUUUUGUGUGCUUUUGUUAAACUUGAGAUAAAUAUUUCCUUCGGGGUACAGAAUUAGAGGUGAUGGUGAAAAAUCGAAUGGUGUAUUUACUCUAACCUUCGUUUAUGACAUCAGUUAUGGGAAGAGUUUGUUUUGAGAGGAACAAAUAUGUAGCAGUGGAAAAUAAUGGCAGCUAUACGAUAUUUAGUACACGGCAUUGUAUUAUAGUCAGUGUUGUAUGUUGUUUUUUUUUUCACGACAAGAAAGUUUUAUCAGCUUAUUCCUUGAAAAUUCAAAAAACCGAAUUGGGAUUUAUGUGUGGAAAGGACUUUCGCGCGGCGCUGACUUAGCGCCGCGUUAAAAAAGACUACUGUAGCUGGAAUUUGGUAAUUUAAUUUGAUUGGUGUUUUUAGGAAUGUAAUCAAACUUGACUUUGAAUAAGAAUAACAAGUCAAAACCCAUCGGUGUUAGAACUUGAAAAAGUUCUAGCAGAUAGUAUUGGUAGAUCCAAUUUGAAAAACAUGCGAAGAAGUUUUGUGACAUAAUUUGUAAAGUCGAUAAUUAUCACAAUAUAAAUUAUUAUGCGUUCUUUCCCUUGAACCGCCGUUUUCGUUCCCUAACACAGGGAAAAACAAGAUUAAACCGAUCUAUAAAAAUAUUACGCUGUACAUGAAAAUGUUCCUUGCAACUCGAUUUCAAUUGACAGGAGUGCACUUGGAUGUCUCCCGUUUUUUUUGUUUUUUUUUUAAUGUUUUCAGAAUCUAUUGAUCUUUCACAUAAGGAUAAUGAUUUGUAUUAGCCAACUUUCAUUAAACCAUAAACGUGGACGUCACGUCGACAGAUUUUUUUUUCUAAAUCAGCGAUCUGGUAAAUGCCACUUUCCUUUUCGAAGUUUAAACACAACAGAAUAUACAAUUGAAACCAGUCUUUGUGGUUUAUCCUAUUGUCUUCAGUGAAUCAAAGGGUGAAGCAUUUUCCGUUUUUUUUUUUGUUUUUUUUUUUGUAAAAAAAGUAAAAAGUAAAAGUUAGGUAAAUUUUUGGUCGCGAGAUGGAAUACUUCUGUUAAAUCGACCGGAAGAUUUAUGUUAUUCAUCAAGAGAGGGGCUUUUCUUUGGGAAAUGUUUGGUGGAAGUGAGUUUGGAGAGGUAAAACAUACCAAAUCGUUUCCACUUAAACCGGAAUAUUUUGUUGUAUUUAUUUGUAGUAAUAAUCGGGGUGAGCCUCUCUUUGUUUUUCAACAGCUAUGUGUCUUAUUUUGUCAAAGAAAGGAACUGUCUUAAAAAGGUAUUAACGAAUGUACGAAGCAUUCAAUUCCUUGUUUAAUGAGUGUAACUAGGAAGUCUUCGAAUGUGUCUAAACUGGUUCUAUACUAACAAGGCGUAGAAAGAUUGUACGACAUUAUUUUUGUAAAUGAGUCAAAUAUCCCCAUAAUAAUAAAGAAAUGAAAAUGUAAUACCCACCA